AUGUGUGUUGUAUCCGACAGAAACGAGAGUAUUGUAAAAGCAGUUUCGAGGAUAUACAAUAUACCACAUUAUGCUUGCACGUUUCAUCAUCUUUGGAAGAACGUGAAGACACUUUACAAAAAGUCACAUGACAGUCUUUCAGAAGUGGUGAAGAAUUAUUUGGAAUUGGCUGGUUAUGACAAAUGGGCAAGAGUGUAUGCACCAGUUGAUCGAGGCACUGUGAUGACAUCAAACAUAGCUGAAUGCAUAAAUGCAUGCCUUGUGGAAGCAAGAGAAUUACCUAUAUAUGAUUUUCUUGAGGAAAUUAGACAAAUGUUUGGUCGAUGGAAUUUCAAAAACCAUACAUCUGCUUCUAAUACAUUCACGAAACUUUGUGGUAAAGCACAAGAAAUGCUCGCUGAACUUUCCCUGCGUAUGACGGUAGUUGCGACAAGUAAUUAUGUGCACAGUGUUCGUCAUGAAGGGGAAACAUUUAUUGUUUGUCUUGAAAAGAAAACUUGCACAAGUAGGAGAUUUCAAGUGGAUGAAAUACCAUGUUCACACGCUUGGGCUGUUUUGAAGAAGAAAUUUCUUGAUCCUGAACCGUAUUGUUCUGACCUUUACAAGCCAAAUACAUUACUUGUUACAUAUGCUAAUGCAAUAAAUCCAUUACCUGAUCGAAAAGAUUGGAAUGUGCCUGCAUAUGUAGAGAAUGAAAUAGUUAAGCCUCCAAAGUUCAAAAAACUACCUGGUAGGCCUCCCAAAAAGCUUCGUGAUAAGACGUACAGUGAGCUAUAUGGAAAGAAGAACAAGAAUUCUUGUAGUACUUGUGGUCAAAAGGGACAUAAUAGGCGAUCAUGCAGGAAUGGACCACGAACUGAAUAG